GUGGCUGCGCGGGCUCGGAGAAACAGAUGCAGUUGGAGAACUCUGAGAGCAGCCUACCAAAAGAAACCGCACAUGUACCAAGAGCUGUUGCCAUGCCAAGUCUAGCCACAUUGACACCGCCGCAACACCUAAACAUGGACAUCGACAAGAAAGCUGUUGGAUACAGGGGAGGAAACCUAAAGUCUCGGCUUCAGAGUAAAUUAUCUCAACCGGCCAACACAGAGGAGCUCUGUUUUGAAGAGAUGUCCCAGUGGUCACAGUCACUGGAGAGACUUCUGUCCUCCAAAUACGGGAUGAAAAUAUUCCAGGCCUUCCUGAAGUCGGAGUUCAGUGAUGAAAACCUGGAGUUCUGGGUGGUGUGUGAGGACUUCAAGAAGAUCAAGUCUUCCUUCAGAAUGUCCUCAAGGGCCAAAAAGAUCUUCAAACUCUACAUCCAAGCCGAAGCUCCCAGAGAGAUCAACAUCGAUCACAAGACCAGGGAGGUAAUCAGGACCAACAUGAAGGUUGCGUCCGCAGUGUGUUUCGAAGAGGCCCAGAAGAUUGUCUACGGGUUAAUGGAGAAGGACUCAUACCCACGCUUCCUAAAGUCGGACAUUUACAGGACUUUGCUGGACUCUACAUCAGGGCCAAUGAGGACGUAAAGAAAACACAUGCCAGAGGCUUCGCCGUACUGUAAAGCAGUGUCAAACGCUUGGACGGACUGAGAAGACUGGGGGUUUGUCGACCCAUUGGGCUCGAUCUAACACGUUCGCCGGAAUGCCUGGACUUUCCUCUGUAGUCUGAGAGCUACUUAGGGAUUCUCUUUACCACGUAUAACUCUGCUUGGGGCAUUUUUGCUUGUAAAAACAGUUACGUAUGCAGAUCUGAGCAGUCUCCUGAGCUAAUGUGGGUCUCUGCUCAGAAUGCGACUCUGAAAGCACAGCUGAUCCGGAUGGAGCUGGAAAGCAAGAGACUUCCCGAAGAGACGAUGACUGUGCAAUGAAAAUGCUGGGGACUUUCUGCGAGUGACAGCUGAAACUAGACAGUCCCCCUUCCACCCAAAGUGAAAGCGUACCCUGGGGUACUUAUCUACAAUUUGCUCUUCCAUUCAGGUUUAUUGUUAUCGCACUAAAGCAAUAGCUAAGUAGAUGCUAUCAGAGGUGUGGGGUUUUUUAAAUUUUUUAUCUUUAUUCACAAUUUUAUGCAUUCACAAUGUUUCCAUUCUGACAUCAGACUCACUGAGUUGAUAUGUUACAACUGUAAUGAAAUAAUAUAAGCUAUUUGUUCUACAUGUACUUGGGGGAUGUGUUAGGGUAGGACUUUGCUACCCUAACAAAAUAUGUAAAAUAUUCAAAUUGAGUUGUGGUGUUUAAUAAAAAAUAAAAAAAACAUACUUGGACUCAAAUA